GAAUGUUGAACUACUCUGGUUGUUGGAUUAGCUGUGUCAUACGGGUGGUGUCAAUGAAAUUGAUUUGCGUGUUCUUGGUGUAUCGGCUGGCUAGCUGUGUCAGCGCCCAGACCGUUGGCUGUAACACUGUACAUGCCAACGGUACUACGACCUAUCAACUCUCAGAGCCCCUGCCAGGAUCGCCAUCAACCUGUGUAAGGCAGUGGUUGGAUGCAAAUGGCACUGUUCUCACCUAUGACGAAGAGAUUGACAAAGAUCGUGUUGUGGUUCAGACCAGUCAAUCUAUUACCACCAUAGGCUGCAUGGACAGACUGAAGUACUUAGAGGAAUGCACACAUAAUAAAACGAAUUCAAAUCGGGAAGUAGAGUGCCUUAAUAACUGUAGCGUGAAGCCAUUUGACCAGGAACCCAUUGAACCAGAGCACAAUAUAUGUUUUGGUGAUUGGUGUGUAUCAGGGAUAACAUUUGGCCUUGCCUUUGGGAUAUCAGCUGCUGUCAUCAUCAUCAUCCUGGUUCUCCUUAUUUGCAAGAUCCACAUUCACCGAGUGCGUGUUUGUUGGACGUUGGGUGAAGGGGAGCACGAAGAACCCUCUCCUGACACAGAGAAGCCCCAGAGCCACCCUGCUCCCAAAGUCAGGUACUCCGCUGUGAAGCAGAGAGAGAGAGUGUGACUGACUGACCAUUGCAAAUGAGAAAAGGUUCUCACCCAGCAAACCUGGUCACUUAAAGGGAUAGUUUGGGAGUCAGAUGAACUUGUGAAUACCAUUUUAUCUUUCUACGUCCAGUAUGAAGGAAGUCCUAGGUAGUUUUGCGAGC